AUGGAUGCUGAGAUGGCUACUGGAGACUCACAGCAGGCCUCGCUAGUCACCCUCCCGCCAGAGCUGCUGCUCAGGACGUUCUCGCUCCUCGACCCUCAAUCGCUCGUCCGCCUCUCGGCAACUUGUACCAUUCUGCAUGCGGUCGCGCGGUCAGAGACGCUGUGGAGGAGUAUUGUGCAGACGGUCGUGCGGGAACACUGGAUCGGCGAGGCAGGCGACGAGGCAGGCUUGUCCGCGAGGGAAGACAACGGGUCGACCUGGUUCAAGGCGGCCAGCUUCCUUCUUCCGCACGGGCAGAACUUGGGAUACUUUGCGUCGUCGAUCUCCUUCACUUCUCGCAUUUCACGAGUCGGCAUCCGAUCUUCCCCUCUCGCUUCCGCCGACCGACCGCCUCGCUACACUAUCGCUGCGACACAGAUGAUCCCUCGGAACCGCUACUCCACCGCGACACCUCCGCCUCCCAACUUCCUACCCUUCGGCGCCGUGCGCCCUCGUCCGGAGCAGAGCCUCCUGUUCAUCUCGCCACAAGUCAACCCUUCGCAUCCUUACGCCGGCGCGUCUAUGGAACUCCUCGAGCCGACAUACGACUUCGGCUCGCAUACAUUCGAGAUCACGCCCGAGGAAGGAGCUUGUCUCUCCACUUUGCGUGCGCGGGCGGACGGUGCGCUUGCAGGGCAAGCUCCGCCUCAAGCGUCUUCGGUGCGACUUCGCCUCGCACUCGAACCGGUCAGGCGAAAGGUCGAGCGUCCGUCCGCCUCGUCGGCCGAUUUGCCCGGGGGCGCGAACGACCAGCCUUGGGACCCGGCUGCACGAGUCGGCUUGCACCGCGAAGCCCUCUUCGCCCUCUUCAGCGGCCGACUGCCCGACCGCCCGUGGCCGACCGCUCAACUCGUCGGUCUCGAGGAACUCAACACGGCCGACUUGCUAGUCUGGCGGGCUGGACGGACUGAUCCGCCUCGCCAUAUGAUCAAGCUCGGUGACGGGGCGUUCCGAGGCUUGAAGGACUGGCUCAGAUCGCCUGAUGGAGCGGAGCUUCCGUUGGCCGAGGUCGUCCAGCCUGCGGACGAGGCAAGUGGAGAAGAUGACGAGGCUUUCGUAACGGGCUUCCGCAUCCGCGCGAAACGGACGCCGAAGCAUCCUCCGACAAGUGACCAGGCGCGCGGCGAGACGUCGUCCAGUGCAGGGACGAGUGAGAGGUGGUCGAACGGGACGGCGACGACCAGGCGGCGAGGCGUAGGAGCGAAUGGCGGGAUGGCGGUGCUGUGGCACGGACGGGAGCAGGACCCGGAGGAGACUAGGCGGCCGAUCACCAUCUUGCGAGCGGGCGACGAAGCGGAAGGCGGGUUCGUCUUGCGACUACCCGGCUCGCCACCGCAGCCAGUCUCUCCACCCCUUCCUUCUGCCGACGAUGCGGGAGCAUCCGCCUCGACUGACGACCAGCUCGCGGACGCUGUCGACGCGUCGAGCGAGGCGUUCUUCCCCGUCAAAGCGCCCGCCAGGCCCUUGCGCUGGAUUGACGAGUCCCACGCCGACGAGCACGGCGAUAUUCCCGCGCGAUCUCUCGAGGGCUUGUGGGUCGGUACUUACUCGGCCCACGGCCUCGAGUUCAUCUAUAUUACUGUCGGUAUCGCCGAGUUUCCGCGACAGGAGGAUGCGGACAGCAGCGACAGCGAGAAUGAAUACGCAGCUGCGCCGUCUUAUCACUACGUUAUACAGGCGACGAAGGCCACGGGCGAUGCUAACGUCCCCAGCGGACAGCCGUCCUGGAUUGCUAUUCUCCCUCCCACCUCCGCCGACAUUCUCCUCGAUUCCUCCGCUCCCCCCAUCGUCCCGACCAUCUCGUCAACCAAGUUCCGCGAUUUCUCUUCCCUCGACCCGUCUUCUCCCGCGUAUACGUCCCUGAACAACGGUCUUGGGCCCGACUGGGACGAAGGCGUCGUGCAAGGCUACGGCCGACUCGCUCUGACCGGCUACACCAGCCCGAGCUGGAGUCCGGCAAGGGUCAGGUUCUUCAAGAGCGAGCCGAGACUCCCGCCGCCACCUGAGCUGGCCGAGACGGCGCAGGAGAAGGUCAUCGAGAGCGUCGAGGAGAUCCAGAUUCACUGGCUCGAGUUGAGCGCCGUAUCGACCUUCCGGCGCGUGCGUAUUUAG